GAAAAGAGAUGGAGGCCGUGACUUAAAACAAACCGCCUCAGAUUACAGCGGUAUCUUCGACAAGAUGACAUGCUCUUAGCCAUGAUGAGAGUUCUUUUGCUAAAUCAAAGGUAUCGCUUAUCACUCACAAGUCACUGGAGGUUUGAAAGUAUUUAUGUCUGUUUGGCGUUGUGAAAGGAACGUUUCCGAUAUCGAACCAAACCAGGCCGAGUGUGAAAGAAACUCGAACGGAACAGCUCGCACGAGGUUUCCGGGUUCAAGAAUGACCGCGGAUCCGAGAGCAAGCCCGAAGCUGACAAAAGCAGUAAAGCUGAAGGGAAAUGGAUGCAGACUUGACAUGUUUUCCGGUGAACAGAAGACUCUUACUCGGGACAGUAAACAGGAGGUGAAUAAAUUGACCAAUUUGAGCUCAGUUUUGACGAACAGUGUCGAAGAAAUCCCGGAUGAAGUCGCUGCUGUCUACCACGAAAGUACGAGGACACCAGAAGACGACGCACUACCAAUUGAAAGAGCGCAAGGUUUUGACGACUGGUGGAAUCAUUCUUCAGUUCAGCUGUACCAAAUGGAUGAAGAAGAACAAUUUCCAUAUUGGCUCGACCAUACCGAACGCAUAGACAGCAACGUUUACAACACUCAAGUAAACGACCUCUCUGGCUCAUUAAAAAACAAAACUGUCGUCUCAGAUCAUGACAGCAAUCAGUUUAAAUCCCCUCAUGGUCAUGAGCAUGGUGAGGUUUACAUAACAACUAAGACAGACGAGAGAAUACAAAGUUUGAGGGCUUUGCUGGCGGAGCAAGAGGAGACAAUUAGCCGACUGAGGAGUGACAGCAAAGCGAGGCUUGCCGAGUCAAAAGAAGUUUUUAGGAUAUUAAGGCAAGAGCGCUCUGGCUGUGGUCAAAUAGAGAGGAAUAUGCCAAUUACUCAAAAUUCUCACACAAAUGAAACAAAGAAUCCUUUUUGCAAGGAACUUAGAUGUACCUGUCGUAAACGAAUAAGCUCAGAAGAUACAGGUUUUUCGAACUCUAAACGAUAUCGGUAUAAUUUUAGGAAAAGCGUUCAACAGCAAUUCAGGAAAAAUUUUGAAAAGAAAACUGGCGAAGUAAAUACGUUUCCCAAAUACAAUUUUAUGACUGAGUGCGUCUGCUAUCCAGACGUCAGCCGGAAAGAUACCCUCACGCAAGAGGAAUUCUUGUCUUCUCUCGGACUUUUCAGGAACACAAAGUCAAAUGGAACUAGUUGAAAAAAUGGCAAGGAUGGAAAAGAUUGCAAACUCUUUCCAGUCUCGAGUACUGUGCAAGGAUUCACGGUGGUUUAAUUCUGUAACAGCAUUCACCUCGGAAGGACAUGGUAUCUAAGAGCAAUCCUGACAUCAACCGAACAAAACAAGUGGAGGAGAAAGGGAGAAGAACAGAAGAAACUUAGUUUUAAGAAAUCGAGCCUUCCUUGCCUAAAGCAACGAUUGAAAUAUUUCAUUGGAAAACAAAAGUCACAAUUUGAGAAGUGUGACAUGUUCAAUUUUACAUCGAAGUUCCCAGCCUUAGAACAACCUCACCGGAAAGCAGCUUUCUUUUUUUAAUCUUUUAAAACCCCGAAAUAUUCCCAAUUAAAUCAUGCUGAUCAGAACUUAGCGUUAGCGAUCACCUCACAAAAAUACAAGAUAAUCCUGAUUGAUCGUGAUCAUCGUAAUUGAAAAGUAUAUCGCCCGCAUAUAGAUAUUCCGAAUCUUUGGGUGAGCCUUUGACUAAAGUAGUGCCGUAGCAAGGGGAGGGGCCAGGGGGGGCCGUGCCUCCCCACUUUUUUUCCUAAAAAGUAAAAACAGACCUGUAUAAAAUGUUAAAAAUAAAAUAUUAUCUCUCGAGAGGUUUGAAACAAUAA